AUGGAGAAUGAUGGCAAAGAGUCGUAUAAGGAUGGUGAUCAAUCUGAGGAUUUAAGUGUUGAGUAUGAGUGUAGUUCCGAUGAAAGUGAUGAUAUGGUGGAUGUAACUCUAGAUGAAGCAGAGGCAGAUAUAAUUAAUGCUGGUGGUUUGGAAAAGUUGAUAACUGAUUUGACCAUCGAAGACAUAUGGGGACUAGCGUUUGAUACAGAAUCUCAAGUUUGUGAAUUUUAUGCCAAAUAUGCCAAGUGCUAUGGAUUUGUGUCUCGAAAAGACUUGAAGACGGUGGAUGCUAAUGGCAACAUUAAUACAAGACAGUUGGUUUGCAAUAAAGCAGGAGAAAGACAUUGGAAGCACCUUAAAAGGGACAAUCGGCAAAGGGAGCAUAAGGCAAUUACUCGUGUCAACUGCAAGGCAAGGAUUUGGUUCAUUCGUCACUAUAGAACGGGUAAGUGGAAAGUCAGUGUCUUUGAGAGUGAACACAAUCAUCCACUAUGUCCACCUAAGUACAGACAUCUUAUUGCCGCGAAUCGUGGGCUUGAUGAGGCCGAUAAAACACAAGCAGAUAGCUUGCGAGCAUGUGGUGUUAAAACUUGCCACAUAAUGGGUUACAUGGUUUCCCAAAAAGGUGGAUAUGAUAAAGUGGAUUUUAAUAGCAAAGACUUACAUAACCACAUUAGUAAGACUAGGUGUGGCAAAGUGAAAGACGGUGAUGCAUUUGCUGCGUUGGCCUAUCUAUUUUCUAAGGCAGAUAGUGACCCGUUAUUUCUAGGAAAGUUCACCUUAAAGGAUGGUAGGUUGGAUAAUUUGGUGUGGGCUGAUGGAGAAAGCGUUGUUGAUUACGAAUGUUUUGGCGAUGUACUGGCUUUUGACACCACUUACAAGAAAAAUGUAUACAACAAGCCCUUAGUCAUAUUUUCAGGGACCAACCACCAUGGCCAGACGACUAUCUUUGGAUGCGCUCUGCUCUCAGAUGAAAAGUCCAAAACUUUCAAGUGGGCACUGAAGGAAUUUUUGGAAAUCAUGUCAGGAAAACUACCCGGAGGCAUUGUGACAGACGGAGACCGUGCUAUGAGAGAGGCUAUCUUAGAAGUAUUUCCUGGUAUACCACACCGCCUUUGUGCAUGGCAUCUCCAUCGUAAUGCGAGAUGGAAUGAGAUCAUAUCCAAAUACGGACUUGCCGAGAAUGAAUGGGUCCAGGUCAUUUAUAAUGACAGAAUGAAGUGGGCUACCGCAUAUUUGAGGGAGCACUUCUUUGGCCGCAUAAGAACUACAUCACAGUGUGAGGGAAUUCAUUCAUUAUUGAAGAACUAUGUUGACAUUUCCUGUUUUGACUACGUGCUUGGAAAGUUUUGA